AUGCCUCCUCAGAACAACCUUAAGCAGCAUCUCAAGUGGCUGUUGUCCGCGAAGCCUUUCAUCACGCCUUCCGUGCCGCUCGUUGCCUACAGCCCAGACGACAACACCGACUUCAACGCGCCCCCAGGAGAAGAAUUCCACCCGGCCGAUGCCGCGAUAAGCAAUGAACCAGCGCCAGCUAUCCAGCUUGCUCUCGCCCCUACCCGCCCACCGCCACCCGGCACCCUCACUCGCACCAAGACAGUCGAUAUACACAAGCUACUACCAGAGGCAGGGGGAGUCGAGGGUGACAUGGCAAGGCUGCGCACCACACCGAGUAACGGAAGACCCAGACUCAUGCUAGCUGGUGUCCCACCUUAUGCCUCGACACCGUCCACGAGUAGACAGCAGCAGGACGAUGACGAAACGUGUAGUCAUGCACCUAAGCACAACCGUGGCGAAGCUGCAUGGGUCAGCGCACGCGACUCAUCGAGCGCAGCUGAGCCCUCGACACUGCACCAGCCACGUGUGCAGGUGUUCGAUGUUGAGGCAAUCGACCUGACGGGCGACGAUGAGGUCCCUUCCUCGCCAGUGCCCAACCACUUCAACAAGGGCAAGAAGAGGAAGAGCGACGAGUACAAAGAGGAUCUUGUGCGGAAACGGCCGUCCAAGCCAACGCACAAGCCAGCUACACAUAGCCCAGAACCCGUGGAAGAUGAAUUCACCGACAUUGACGAUUUCAUUACGCGACCAGACAGCCCGGUACCGGCUAGCCCGCCUCCACCAUAUUCGACCGUAGCCCUCAGCAGAGAACAGAAGCAGCAAGAAGCAAUUGCUGCAGCCGAGGAGGAUGCCGGGUUUGUACAAUGGUCAGAGGAGGAAGGACCAGCCGUUGCGAGUCGCAAACGAAAGUCUCUGAGUCGUGCCCCUUCAGAAACCUUGGCUCCAGCUCGUAAGAUUGGCAGGCAAGCACAAAGCCCUUCGCCGACAAAGCUCGCCUCAGUCGAGCCUACACAGACACCCACAACCAGACGCGUCGGACAUGCAGUGCUGGAUUCAGAGGAUGAAGAAGAGGACUUUGGUGAUUUGGAUGUCAUGGAACUGGACUUGCUGCCCAAAUCAUCACCGACAAAACGAACGCGCAAACAGACCGCGAGUCGCAGCCCAACGAAACCACCAACACAAUUACAACUGCCAAUUCGAUCUCCCAGCAGGCCAGCUCGAAGCGUCACUCCGAGUGAAAACAAGCAAUGUUCGAUACCUACGCCAGACACGACGCAGUCUCCUCGUAGAGAAAAACUUUCCCCUAAGAAGUCGCAGUCUAGACCGCCGGCCACACAACCGCUAACGACGCAGCCUGUGCUCUCGUCAUCAGAACUGUCGAAAGACCAGAAAGCGAGCAUACACAAAACGAUUGCUUUCUUCGUAGCACCAGACGGUGCUCGACACCUUACAUCUGUGACUGUGGCCUGGGAGAAAGCCAAGACAGCAUUCGUUGAGCAGGUCGGUCUCGAUGACCCAGAUCCACACGUCCGAGAGAAUCUGGAGCGCCUGCGGCCGCGAAAAGACGCUGUAGAACAGCUGAUAGCCCUCAAGGAGAGGUACGACCAAACCAGUGCUGAGCGAGAUGUUCUCAAGAAGAAAGUGACAGACGACAUAGAGGAAGGCAUCUAUGAGGAGGCGGACUACUCAGCUCUUAGGACGACAUCGAAAUCCCUUGAGGAUCUCGAAAUGCAGAUACACCACUACAUUGGCGUUGCAGGUAUCCAGCAACCAAAGGCUAUCAUAAAGGAGCUGCGGAAGCCUGCUAUCAAGGUCGAAGCUAAGACACCACAUCAUGUCGUUGUUGAGGCAACGCAGGCAAGCCCUGCCCGAUGGAAGCAAAACAGACCCAUCGAUGUAGGGCCUGGUCAUGUCCCACAGACGCAGCUUCCAAACCAACGUAUAUGGUCUCCCAGUCGUCACAUACGGUUCGCCGCAGAUGAAAUCGUCGCGCCUCCACCACCCGUAAGACCCACGACCAGAUACCAGGAGCCGUCGUAUCGUCAUCAAUCUCGCUCUGAGCAUGCUGCUACUCGCGGAUCUACUGGAAACGAGUCGUAUCACACAGCAGAAGACUUCGGCGACAUAGACUUCAGCGACGAAGAGAAUGUGUUCACCGAGCACAUGGAUCCGGCCCCUGGGAUCUCAAAUGGACGUGCUGGCGAGAGCGAUGGCGGAGAUGAUUUCGGGUUGGACGAUGACGAAGACCUCCUUUACGAGAUGGAUAACUUGGGCAACCAAGAGUCCGGCCAUUUUGAUUGGAGGGGAGACAGGACGAACGUCGCAGUGCCCUCGCGUACACGCGAAAUGCUUUGCGAAACCACAGUCAAUAAGGUGCAUUCACAAACCAAGCCUCCCUCGCCCAAGAAGGCAGCAACGAGCAUACCUGGUAAAGGAGUCCCUGGCAUGAACCACCCUUGGUCAAAAGAUGUAAGAGCUGCACUCAUACAAAAGUUCAAGCUUAGAGGCUUUCGUCCCGGUCAGCUAGAAGCAAUCAACGCAACGCUGGCUGGAGAGCAUUGUUUUGUUCUCAUGCCCACUGGGGGUGGUAAAUCAUUGUGCUAUCAGCUACCUUCAGUCAUACGAUCAGGGAAAACAAGCGGGGUGACCAUCGUGGUAUCUCCCCUACUGAGUCUGAUGGAGGACCAAGUUGAAUCCGCGAUGACCCGUUUUAAGGUUCAGGCAUGCCUCAUCAAUGGACAAACGCCCUCGGACGAGAAAAAAGAGAUCAUGGAUAAACUAGAGAAGAAGGAGGACCCUGGCAAGUUCAUUCAACUUCUCUAUGUAACGCCAGAGAUGCUCAACAAGAAUCAGCGGAUGGUCAGCGCUUUUCAACGGCUGUACAACAAAGGCCAACUGGCUCGCAUUGUUAUCGAUGAAGCGCAUUGUGUCAGCCAAUGGGGUCAUGAUUUCCGCCCAGAUUACAAGGCCCUAGGAGACGUCGUGCGCCAAUUUCCUGGAACACCUAUCAUCGCACUCACAGCAACGGCAACUCAACUCGUCCGCGCCGAUGUGAGGUCAAACCUUGGUAUUGAGAGCGGGCGUAUGUUCUCCCAGAGUUUCAACAGACCAAACCUUUCCUACGAAGUGUUGCCAAAGGGCAAAGGCAUGGUCAACACUUUUGCAGAUUUAAUAAAGCAGAGGUAUCAUCGUAAAUCAGGCAUUAUCUACUGUCUGUCCCGCAAGAACUGCGAAGACGUGGCGAAGAAGCUUACAGACCUUGGCGUCCGUGCCUUCCAUUAUCACGCAGGCAUGCCAGCGGACGAGCGAUCAGAAGUCCAGAAGAAGUGGCAGAGCAAUGAAUACCAUGUCAUUGUUGCUACAAUCGCAUUCGGCAUGGGCAUUGACAAAGCUGACGUCCGAUACGUCAUCCAUCACACCAUGCCGAAGAGUCUGGAAGGCUACUAUCAGGAGACCGGCCGUGCGGGACGUGAUGGCAAGAGAUCAGACUGCUUCCUGUACUAUCAAUUCGCCGACACAAGGAUGCUGCGAAAGAUGAUUGACGAAGGCGAAGGCAGUCGAGAGCAGAAGCAGCGCCUUCAUGACAUGCUGCGGACUGUGGUUCAGUAUUGCGAGAAUAAGGCCGACUGUCGACGUGCGCAAGUACUUGGCUACUUUAGCGAGCCCUUCGAUCCUGCCAACUGCAAUCAGACUUGCGACAACUGUCGUUCGGAUGCAUCCUUUGUUACGAAGGAUUUGACGGAGUACGCUGCUAUGGCUAUCAAGCUUAUCAGCAAGGUGCAUGAGGAUAAUGUCACUAUGCACCAAUGCGUCGAUGCUUUCAGAGGUGCAAAGACCGCAAAGAUCAAGAAGAGUGGCCUUGAGAAGUAUGGCUGGGGCUUUGGUAUCGACCUGGAGCGAGGGGACAACGAGCGAAUUUUCCAGUCCCUGUUGGAAUCUGGUGCCCUUAAGGAGAAGAGCAUAGUCAACAAGGUCGGCUUUGCGACUAACUACCUUCAUCCUGCCACGUUCCGCAACGAUUACGAGACCAAGCGAAAGCAGCUGAAGCUGCAAGUUCGAGCUUCUCCCGCCAAGGCUCCCGUUAGGAAGAGGCAAACGAAGAAGCAACAAGCGGAUUACCCUUCCACAAAUGUUUCCUCGCCCGUUCGCGCGUCGAAACGAAAGAUCCAGGACUUUGUCUACCAGCAACAGAAUUAUGAUAGCGACGACAAUCAUUUCGCAAAACCUCGACAUCCCACACGGGACCAGAAAAGUCGCAGCCGUCAAGCCGAAGACUUUGACGACGAGUUUGCGCAAGUACGAGUGGCGAAGCCUCCGAGAGCUGCUAGACAGCCUAAGGGGUUGGGCAAGCCUAUCACGGUGGACGAAAGGACAGCUAGACUCAGUGAGUUUGAGCAAGAUAUACUACACGACUUCCUCGACGGUGCCAAGCGCUUGAGACAGGACCUCAUGACGAACAACGGCCAUCGUCAAGCGAUCUUCUCCGACACAGUGCUCCGAGAGAUGGCCCUUCGCCUACCUGCUGAUCUUGAGGAGAUGAGAACUAUACCUAGCAUUCGGCCGGAGAUGGUAGAAAGAUACGGUAGGAAGUUCAUGCUUCUGAUCAACAAUACCAGAGAAAUGUAUGGGGGCUAUGCACCUGCUUCUCGAAGCCGUGCGCCCCAACAUCAACAGGCGGAGGUGCUCUCGGGCAACGAUUAUCAGGAAGAGGAUGACGAGCAGGUUUUUGAUCCAAACCAUCAAGAACAAGUCCUCAUCGACUUCACUGCUGACAGCGACGGCGACGUGCCACUCCCCGCCAGAGAUUCUGAAAGCGACUACUCGUACGGCGAAAGUGAUGACGACGAAGCUCUACACCAGAGCCACCACUUUACGCAGCCUAUUGACCCUGAAGUGGAAGAGUUCAAUAACCGGUUGACGCAAACUGCGAACGUGAAGGCAGCUACCUCCAAAGCCAUAGCGUCGAGAAGAGCGCUUAGAGCAUCCUCAUCUGGGCCAAAGAAGAGAGGUCCAAAUAGGAAGUCUGGUAGUUUCGGCGGGAAAGGCUCGUUCGCAGGUGUGAAAAAACGAGCCUCGAGCAAGCCCUCAAGCAGCAACGCUCCCGCUGUGAGUCGAAAGCCUGCUGGUGGAGGCUCACGAAGAGGAGGAGCAAGCGGUGGCGGAGGGAAUGGCUGGAGCGCAAUCAUGGGCAUGCCCACUUAA